AUGUCGGACUUCUUCAAGGCAUUUGCCAAUCCCACCGCCUCUACGGACGUUGCUUUCGCAACACAGUCUCCUCCGAAUCAACAACCAAAGACCAUAUCAACACCUACAAAGCAGCGGCGUAUAUCUCGGGCUUGCGACUUCUGUUCACAGAGAAGUAUUCGUUGUAAGCCCAGCACUGAAGAGCCGCAGCGAUGCCAGAGUUGCUUCGACUAUGGUGUUGGUUGCACCUACGUUCGUCCAACGAAGAAACGUGGCACGAAGAGAGGAAGUAAGAGAAAUAACAACCAAAGCAGCACAGGAUCAGGAUCACGAGAUGGAGAACAAGAUGCAAACAUUCUUCUGGCAUUAGUUCACGGCUCUCCAGACCAUGAGAAUAUUUCUACUCGGGGAAUCCUUGAGAAGUGGAAGUCUAUGGUGGUGGACAAUGAGGCAACGAUUAAGCACCUUGUACAUGUGUACUUUGAAGUAGUAUAUCCUCUAUUCCCACUAUUUCAUCGCCCAAGUAUGCUUGAUAGGCUCAGACAACGUGAAUACCUAACUAACUACUCCUUCUUCGCCGAUAUCAUGUCAAUUUGUGCCCUUGCAUCAUCCCGGGCUCGAGAUGGAGCUUUAUUUCCUGGGCGAUGGGAUACUAAUCGCUUCCAUGAGCCUUCUUCCGAGGUAUUCUUCACGGCAGCUAGAGAAGCACUCCCAAGAGACCUGAGUGCAAUGAAAGGUCUCGAUUGGAUGCGUACUUGUGUUGUUUUAGCUCUAUAUGGUAUUCAAGUGAGUAAUAUUGACAUCAUGCACCAAUACCUAGGCAUCUAUCACACCCUCGUCAAUAUAGACAGCCUUCACGACGAGAAGAAUUGGCCCAAAAAUAUUGGUAUUGUCGAGAUUGAAAUGAGGAGACGUCUUUUUUGGUCCAUGUAUCAAUUAGAAGUCUACGCUUCCACUACUUGGAACUCCGUCAUCCGAUGUCGAGAAGCUCAAUCCCACGUCUUGUAUCCAAGUGAAAUCAACGACGAAUUCUUCUCGGAUGCCGGCUACCAAGGAUUGAACACUCCAGUGCAAGGCUACAACCUACCACGAACAUUCAGCAAUCCCUCAUGCUGGCUCUAUGGAUGGAACUUUACAACCGAGCUUUACCGAGUCCUCGAGCAUGCAAUGGACGAUCUCCAUCGCCGUCGGUCAGCCCCCAUCGGGUCUUUCUCCCCUAUAGACCUCUUUGGUCGCGAUACCACUCAACACAGCGUAGUCCUGAGCAAAGUAAUGUAUAUGUACGAUGAUCUACCCCGGAAAUUCAAAGAAGCCAAGCUGCCGACAAACGGAAAACCCGAUAAGGACGAAAUAUAUAGUUUCCAAGCAGCAAAUAUUACUGCAACAUUGCAACUCGUGCGAAUGAUCCUGUUUACAUCAGAGGAUGCCACAGUGGAGCAAAAAUGCAAGAUUGCUCGCGACCUUCUCGACGGGUUUUCGAAGAUCCCUAUUGUCUUCCUUCGAGCAAUAUCCUCACCCCUUUUGCACCAUCUGGCAGGGAUAGGCUCCAUCCUAGGCUCCGUGAUGGAAAGCCCUCUUUCAGAGUCCUCCUAUCUCGAACUUCGCCAUGUCUUACUUAGCAUGGCCGAACUUCUCGAAAAUCUCGAACAGGGAAUAACUCGCAAUGUUGGCGCCGCCUCCCGUCUCCGUACUCACAUUACAUCAAUCGAUAACUACAUGACAAUUCAACGACAAAGAGGGGCCCAGUUUAGCAUCGAUGGCCUAUCUGCUCCCCCAUCAUUCCGGAAUACCUGUGGCAAUGACAGUACCACUCCCAAAAUUGAUCCAAGCUUACAAGUCGCUGCAUACCAAGACUCGGCGAACCCAUAUACCUACCAGACAAGCAAUGCAAUUAACGGAGCUGUGGAAGGACCGGAGAUCACUGUGGCAGGGUAA